GCGCGAUUUAGUCCUUGUUUCCACAUCAUCCUCUUCUUGCCCCUUUGAUCACAAUGGGCGUCAAGAACGCUUGGCCUUUUGUGCGCAAGAAGGGCAAUGUUCCUGAUGCCCAGCCCAAAGUCUCGCCCGUCUCACCCGAGUCCAAGAUCCGCAUUGACGUCUGCUCCACUCACAACACCCUCAUCCGGCACCUGUACGGCAGCACCACCGACCUCAACACAGCGCAUCUCAAGUUGGAGUCGUAUCUCAAGAAGAUUGGCGACAAAGCGCGAGUGCGGUACUACAUCGACGGCGAGCCAGCAGUGGAGAAGAAGCAAACGCAUGCGGACCGCCACCAACGUUGACAGCAUGCUCUCGUCAAGGCCGCCACCGCCAUCACCAAGCUGGAGAGCCGCCUUGUCACCAAAGAGCGCAUCCGCAAGCACCACAUUGUUGAUGCCUACAAGAACCUCCGUCAAGCAUUCCAUUGGCGCCUCGAACAUCGCAGCUCUUUUAUCGAGUACAUGAGCAACGAGGGCUAUGACAUUGUCCUUUGUCCAACUGAGGCCGAUGUGCUUAUUGCCAGCGAGUGCCAGCCCAAAGACGCAGUCGUGUCCUGCGAUAGCGACUUCCUUUUCUACAAGAACAUUCCUACCGUUUGGCGGCCAGUGGGACCAUACAAAGCCAGGCAGUUUGUGCCGUACGAGAAGGGUGCCUUGCUCGGGGACCUCGGUCUGUCAACGACGCAG